CUGAAAUUAAUAAUUACAAAAUGGGGAAAAAAGCAAAUAAAAAAUUAUUAUAACUGCAAAAUAAUAAAGCCAGAAAGCAAAGUAUAUAUCACGCUGACACCAUUUACUCACAGCUCACACCCAAAAAAAACAAGAGUAUACUCUCUCUCUAGAGCUCUGCACGUUUUCCGAUGAUAACAACCAACCUCUUCCUGCUCCGGUAGUGACAUUUCCUUUGCCUUCCCCUUCCGUUUCAUGGCCGCCCAGAGCAACGUCGUUUCGCAGACCUUCCGAGCUCUGGUGGAGAGCGCGGACCGGAAGUUCGCUCGGGUUCGUGACCUCCCGUCGUAUGGACAUGCUCAGAAUCACUACUUCCAGAAGGUUUUCAAGGCCUACAUGCGUCUAUGGAAGUACCAGCAAGAGAACAGGUCGAAGCUGGUCGAGGCCGGUCUCAAACGCUGGGAAAUAGGCGAGAUUGCUAGCCGGAUCGGCCAACUCUACUUUAACCAGUAUAUGAGGACGAGUGAUUCGAGGUUUUUGGUUGAAGCCUAUGUGUUCUAUGAAGCAAUUUUGCACCGGAAGUACUUUGAAGGAGCUAAAGCUAAGGAUCUUGGUGUGAGAUUUAAGGAAUUGAGAUUUUACGCGCGGUUUUUGCUCGUUUCCUUGAUUUUGAAACGGACCGAGAUGGUUCAAUCGCUCGUAGACAGGUUUAGAACUCUCGUUGAUGAUAGCAAGUCAAAUUUCCGGGAGACAAACUUUAAAGAGUGGAAGCUAGUGGUGCAAGAAAUUGUCCGCUUUUUGGAAGUUGAUACUGCCUUUGCAAAUAUCAGACCUCUGCGGUAUUGUGUCCUGUUUGAUUCUCAUCCAACUUCUCAUCCAUAUGUGGCACGUUUCCAUGCAAGGAAGGUCCUAAAGUUUAAAGAUGCAGUCCUGACAAGUUAUCACCGGAAUGAGGUUAAAUUUGCAGAAAUUACUUUGGAUACUUACAGAAUGCUGCAAUGUUUGGAAUGGGAGCCAAGUGGGUCUUUAAUGCAAAAGCAUCCUGUCGAACGUCCAGUUGAAUCAUAUGAGAAUGGCACUGUAACUGAUCAUUCCGGAGCUUCUGGACUAAUAGAUAUAAACUUUACUGCAGAUUUGACUGAUCCCACUUUACCGUCAAAUCCUAGGAAAGCUAUUCUUUAUCGUCCUUCUGCAACACAUUUGCUAGCGGCUAUGGCAACAAUUUGUGAGGAGCUCCCUUCAGAAAGCAUUAUGCUAAUAUAUAUAUCAGCCUCAGGGAAGGCUGGUCAAAGUAAUGUUUCUCCAAUGGAAAAUUCUGGAGGUUCAAGGAAGUCUUCAAAAAACAAAGUUGUUUCUGGAAGAAUUAGCGAGCAGAAUAGUUCUGUAUCUGAAUCACAUAGUAAUGGCAAGCGAGAGUCAAGUGACUAUCAUGACAAUUACCUGUGGUUAGGUCCCAGAGGAACUGCUGGUUCAAAUGCACUUUACCCUGGUGAUAUAAUUCCUUUUACCAGAAGACCACUUUUCUUGAUUAUUGAUAGUGACUGCAGCCAUGCAUUCAAGGUCUUGCAUGGUGUAGAAAGGGGAGAGCCAUGUGCAUUGCUACUUUCGCCUUUGAAGCCAGCUUUCAAGAACCUGCCUGCUGUUGAUACAACACAUAAUGGAAGUCAGUUUACCUUUUUCUUAACUGCUCCUCUGGAGGCUUUUUGUCAGAUGGUUGGCCUCUCAUCUAUUGAUACUGAUACUGAUGUUUACAAUGACGCUGUGGAGAUACUCUCCAGUGCAUUCUCUGAGUUGGAGGUGAUUCUAUGUAAGGAAAAUAGCCUGGAUCUAGUUUGGGCUCAAGUUUUAUCUGAUCCAUUUCUGCGGCGUCUCAUUAUCAGAUUUAUAUUCUGCCGUUGUGUUCUAUCGACCUUCUGUCCUCCAGGAGACAAUGAGCAUUAUCUGCCUGUUUGCCUGCCCCAUCUUCCCAGUGCUGUGUCCCCGACCUCUGAAGUUGUGCAUUCAGCAGUCGUUCGGCUUUCAAAUCAUAUGAAUGUAGCCAAGUAUUUCCACUUUGAUGACAUGUAAGUAAGAUCACAAGCUGUUGAAGAACUCGAGGGAUAAAAUUUUAGGCAUUAGGCAAUCAAAUUUCAUUCAUUUGAUGAGAUGACCAACUUGAAUUUAACAAGUUGCCUUCCAAGGGUACUUAAAAAGAGGAAUAUAACUGAUGGUGGAGAUGAAGCUGGCAAAGCAGAGAUUGUGUCAUCGAGCAUGGUUGCUUUCUGCUUGUUUCGCCACCUAUGCGCAACCUUGCUAAUUUUCAGACUGUAUGGUUUGCUGUCAAGGUUAGCUGGACGCUUGAUGUUUCGCAGGUGUGUAAGUAAUAGUUAAAUUCUCUAGGACUAAUGGGUGUAUAAUCUUAAUGGUUUUGAUCCUUUCUCAGAGCUGUUUCCAGGUAGUGCUAGUCCUUUUUUGUAUCUUUGUAAAAGAAAUCAACCAGUCAAAAUGGUUUUUUUUCACCCUCAUUUUUCUAGUUUUUCCAGACUAUUCUUGGAGAAGCUGCUCAACAUGUAAAUCAAGUAUUUGGAUUUGCGGAAUACGUUCAAAAUAUCUGUACUUGUUAUAAGUGGGACUUCGUUCAA